AUGCCCUCGACUGACGAUCUGACUGAGCGAGCUAAUGAAUGUCCGUCUGGAAAGAUUUGGUAUGAAUGUUCUGUCGCCUCGCCAAAUUCAGGUUACAGAGGUUGCUGCGAAAUCGAUGCUUGUCAAUCAAAAGGAUGUCUCGUAAUGUCACAGUCGUCGACUAGCUCAACAUCAAGUUUAACUGUUGUUACAUUGUCCGUUAUACCUCAAGCACCGGCAGCGACGACACCGGUUCAUACAACUCCAAUACCUCUCGCCGCUAUGAGUACUACACAACCAGCAGUGGCCACUCAGUCGGCCGACACCGCUGGCAAAUCACCAAAUAAUACACCUAUUAUUGUAGGAAUAGUCUGUGGCAUAGUUGCCGCUUCAAUAAUUACAACUUUGAUCUGGUUUUUCCUAAGAAGAAGGAAACAGAGGGCGGGACGUCAUUCAAUACCCACAUUCGAAGUAAAGGAAGGGAAGGAAUAUGCUAUGGCCAGGCAGAAUUCGGAUUAUGAGGGAACACAUCUUCGACCAGGAGAUGGACGAGGCUAUAAUACACCCUCCGAGCAACCAAGUUUCCGAAGUCUCUCCCCAAUGGAAGAAGAAGUCGAAGUCGACGCUCGCCUUUCCCUCCCCUCCCAAGCCGCCAAACCCUUAGAAAAAGAAGCCAAAACCCCAACUCAAACUCACCCAGCAUACCAACCCAUUCCCGCCGUAUCACCAGACACACCCACCUGGACAACCCAAACCGAAACCCCAAUUUCCCCACCGACACCCUACACUCCCCAACAAUCCGCCCACCCCGCCUACCACGUCCACAAACUCUCCCAGCACCCAGCUUUUAACCCACGAUCCUCCCCUCCAAGAUCGCAACCUCCAAUGUGGAAACACCCCGCCUUCCGUCCAACAAGCAAUACACCACAGCUCGACUCCACCCCCGUCCGCCCCAUCCCUCGCGCCUCCAUCUCCUCAACCUCAACUUCCACCCCCGAACUCCCCGCACAGCUCCCAAAGAACCUUGCCGCCACGGGCUCCUCAAGCAUGUUCUCACGCUUCAACACCUCAAAAUCCCCACGAGACUUUCUCUCGCGCGACGCAAGCACAAAAACAAGUCUAAGCACCUACACCAUCCCCAUCGGUCUCGGCGUCGUAGAUGCCUCUCCCACCAUAACACCAUUCUCUCCUCCACCUCCAACCCCUCAAGCGGCCUCGCGACCACAAUCUCCGCCGCCGCCGAUGAAAGCGAAUAUGAAUGCCAGAGAAGACCACGUUAUGAUGUGGGAUUCGUACGGCGCGGGCAAUAUAUCCGGAAUUGGAGGGGUGGGACCGAGUAAUAGUACGAGGAGUGAACGGAGUCGGCGGCAGAGGGAGAUUGAGCAGGGAGUGGUUGCGCGGGAGGAGAGAGUGAUGUGGAGUGCGAAGGGGAAGGAGAGGAGAGUGGAGAGUGGGAGGGAGAGUGUGCCCGAGACGCCGUUGAGUGCUUAUAGGAUGAGUUGGAUGGAGAGGGAUAGUUGGAUACGACGAUAA